AUGGCGGAUGAUAAGCCCGCUGAGGUAGAGGUAGCAAAGGCCACUGAAGAGGUGUCAAAGCACGAGGACCGAACCGCGUCGGCUAGGAAGAAGAGUCUGGGGGGGCUAGACACCUCCUCAGUGCUUUCGGGGCCGCGUCAGCGCAAGAAAGCGGAGCACUUCCAAGUGGAGGUCAAGGAGAAGCCGGAAUUCGUGAUUAAAGCGGGCAAAGGAACAAAGCUUGGCGACAUUCCCAAUGUCCAUUACCUUCUGGGGAAGCUAAAGACCGAUGACGAACUUGUGACAAGCUUGCACAACCUGCUUUUUAAGCGCCCGGGGACGUCGCACCGCCGCAAGAAGAACUUGUACGAGUUCUCCGGCUUGAGUUUUGAUGACGACGAAAAGGAGAAGGAACUCGAGAAGCUUCAGGAGCGGCUGGGCAAGUGGACGAUCCCGCUGCUGAACGGCGCUCUGGACGUCUUCGAACUGCCCCGUGGGAAUGGCGACGAGGGAAAGAAGGAAGCCAAGGUGGAGAGGCUGCUAAAGUUCUUGGAGGAGCCGAAGAAGCUGUCCGAGAAGGAUUUGGCGGCGGAGGCCCUCAAGAAGAAGGACGCUGUCAAAGCUAAAAAGGAGAAAGAGCAAAAGAGCAAGACGCCGAAGUCGGCAGCCAAGGGUGCCAAGAAGUCAGAGGGCGCUCAAGAGUCUGGGAAGAAGAAGCGCACCAAAAAGGCAGAGUCUGACGAGGAGCCGGGGGAGGCGGCUUCGGAGGAAGAGGAGGCCGAGGAGGAAGAGGAGGAGGCACCCGAGCCAGAGGAGCAACCCAAGAAGCGUGCUAAGAAAGCUGAUGUCGGACUGGCGAAGAAGGCGACGGAAAAGACCCCAUCGCGGAGGGCGUCCGGCAGGAAGCGCAAGGCGGGUGAAGAAGAGGCAGCGGAGCCAGUUCUGGCUGAGGAAGCAGACGAGGCCGACAGCAGCAUUGAGCUUCCAAGUGAUGAGGAGAUUAAGGAGGCUGCCAUGGAGCUGCUCAAAGUGUCCGAUGUCGACCAAAUCACCGUAAAGAUCCUGCGAAAGCAGCUUGCGGAAAAGUUUGGAGUGGACUUGUCAAAGAAGAAGGCGCUCAUAAAGCGCUUCGCGUUCGAGUACGCCAAGGCGACGAAGGCUGCGGCACCAGAGGAGGCAGGGGACGAGGGUACCGGUGAAGGUGUUGAGGAGGCAGUCGCGGGGGACACCGCGCCACCCUUGAAGAAGCAGAAGAGCGAUGUGCCGGAGGAGGGGUCGGGUGAUGCGGACGCCAUCGAUGCAGAGCAGGCAUCGGGUGCGGUUGACGCCGAACCAGCGGCUGAGCCGGAGGAUGCCGAGCCAGCGGCUGAGCCGGAGGAUGCCGAGCCAGAGGCCAAGGAGGCCGUAGCUGAUGAUGCAGCUCAUCCCGAGAGUGCUCAGCCAGAGGACGCCGAAGCGCCAACCGCUGACGCCACGGAACCGGACAAACCGAAGGAGGCAGAUGUUGCUGACAGCCAGGCGGCCGAAGCAGCAAACGGGAAAGCGGCCGGGGCUGGCGAUGCGGAGGAUCAAACUUAAUGGAUUUAUGAAAGGGCGCGUAGGGUUUCCAACUUGCGUUUGGGACCUGCUUUGCAAAGUUGGAUGACAUGUUGAGUUUGACCGGGGUGUUGGAACGGUUGCGAACGGGAUUUAAUGUAUUCAAAUGAACGCCUGCAUUGCGAACGCUUUUCGUGGCAAUAGACAAGCAUCAUGGGGUCUCCUUGGGACGUAUAGGAAAACGUGGCAGCGGCUGCUAUGCUUGGACAGAGUACGGGCACGGCCAGGACUUGCAUGUCCUUCAUGGCUUGCUUGAACGCAGCUCUUCUACCAACCUGAGCAUGGCUUUGUAACGAAAUGAUGGGAU